GUGACUGGCCUGGUUAAUACCACUGGACUGCGUGUUCUAUAGGCGAUAUGUGAGGGAGACAUUGUUUUGCUCAGAACAUAAGUUGUAGCACCGGCUACAAGAACGUAAAGACAUUUUAACCCGGAGUGUUGCUUUAAAAACUGCUUAGGCCAUAUUUAAUAAUAUGUCAAAAUAUCUGUGCGCUUUGGAAUUUUGGACUCUCCGGUUUUCAGGAACGCGGUUGCGCGCGAGCUCGUGAUGCUCUGUGCGCGCGCAGUCUGCAGUACUUCGGACAAGAUUAUGUCUAGCAGAGCUUUGGGAUCUCUGACUCGAUUUUAGUAUACUUUGGACAGCUUUAUGUGAAGCGUCAUAACCAUAAUGUCGAGGAGAAAAGUUCGUCUCGCGCGCUCUGAGCGCACAGUGAGCGAGGACUCGGAUAUAGACAGCUUGCUCGCGACCCUCUCUCCCGAUGAGGUGGAGGAGCUGGAAAGGGAGUUGGUUGUCAUCGACCCGGAUCCUAGUGUGCCGGUGGGGCUCAGGCAGAAAAACCAGACCGAGAAACAGCCGACACGAGGCUACGACCGUGAAGCCAUGCUGGACUACUGCGAGCGAGAGACCAAGAAACUUAUAGAGAGGGAGCUGUCCUUUGAGGGGGAUACCAAAGGUGAAGGUCGUAGACGAGACCGGCUAAGGAGAACAAGAAGCAAAGAACAGCAGAGCUUUUCUAGGUCACACAGCCGUGAAGCAUCUGACAAGGAGGAGGCCAAACAAGAAGAAGCACAUGUCAAAGAGGAAAAAUCUGAGAGCCAAAAUUGCAAGGAUGGAGGAAAAAAAAUAAAGGAUGAUGCCAAAGAGACCUCUGACAUCAAAAUACAACACAGAGAAACUGAGAGAGGUAAAGAAAUGUUAGCAGAGCGGAAUUUGGAAAGAGAGGUAGAAAAUACAAAAGGUAAACAAAAGGAGACAUCUAAAAAAGAACAGGGUAGCAGCAAGACAUCAGAGCUUAUCUCUAAACUACAAAAAAAGGAGGAUGAUAAAGAGAAAGAGAAAAAGGAGAAAAAUAAGAAUGGAGAAAACUUGAGAACAAAAGGGUUGAUCUCCAAGUUACAGGGCAACAAAGAGGUGGAAAAAAGGGAGAAAGAAGAAAAAGAGAAGGAGGUAGAGAGAAACAGAGAGAGUAGAACAAAAGGACUAGUCUCCAAACUGGAGGAGCAAAAGACCCCAACAGAGCAUGGCAGAGUCUCAGAAAGGAGAAACAGAGAGAGAAACCUGGAAGAUCCUGUGACAGAGAAAAAGAGGGAGAAGGAAGAGGAUAAGUGCAGUGAGAAAAGUAGACCCUACUCUGAAAGAGGUGCACCUGGAACAACAAAAAGGAAGGACAGACUGAAACGAUGGGAGAAAGUGGAUGAGAUAGAGAUUGAACAAGAAAGACAGAAAGGGGAAGAGAAAAAACAUGAGAGAGGUAAAGAUGAAGGAAAGAUUGUAGUGAAGAAUGCUAAAACUCACAAUAAUUUUACUGAGACCAGCAGUAGUGGGGAUGACCAGUCUGUAAAAACAGAGGAUGAGGAAGAGCAUGAAAAUGAGGAUGAUUAUAUGGACAGUGAUACUGGCUCCAGCAUGUUUGAUGAUCUUUUGGAGCAGGUGCGCAGUGAUGAUCCUGAACUCACUGAGCUUAACAUCAACAACUCUGAUGUUAUCAAGACAGAUACAUUGAUCCAGUUUGCAGAAGGUCUUCGCAGUAACACUCACAUUAAAACAUUUGCUCUUGCCAACACAAGAGCUGAUGAUCAUGUAGCUUUUGCAAUUGCUGGGACUUUACGGAACAACAAUUCGUUAACAGGAAUCAACCUGGAUUCCAACCUUCUCACCGGCAAAGGCAUUCUGGCUAUCAUUGAGUCUUUGCAGCACAAUGCCACCCUUAAAGAGCUUCGCUUCCACAACCAGAGACACAUCUGUGGAGGGAAGACAGAGAUGGAAAUGACUAAGGUACUACGGGAUAAUACUUCAUUACUCAAGUUGGGUUAUCACUUUGAACUAGCUGGGCCAAGGAUGGCCAUGACCAACAUCCUUAGUCGUAAUAUGGACCUUCAGCGGCAGAAACGACUGGAAGCACAACGCCUUGCCAAGCAGGAAGCUGAGGCAAGCUCAGCGCCCCCUAGUGAAGAGAAAAAGAAGCUUAUACCUGACAAAGCAAAAAUUAAGCAAACUCCACAGCCCAACCCUGUUGAGAAGAAGGAAUCCAUACUAGCAAAAGUUUCCAAAUUUAACAGUCCCACUUCACCCCCCAAAGCCACUCAUCCCCCCAAGUCCAUGGCUGCAACCUCAUCUUCUACAGGAACAGGUAAAAAAGGUGGGCUCACAGCACAGUCAAGCACAGGACUGCCAGCUCCCCCUCCUCCUCCUGCCCCAGUCCUGGAUAUUCAGUCACUUCGGAGGUCAUUGACCUCAGUCUCACAGCGCAAGCAAGACAGCAGCCGUGUCUCAGGACGUGGAACACAGAAGAGCUCCAGAGAUCAGUUGCUGGACUCUAUCAGGAAUUGCAACAUGAACACACUCAAAAAAGUUGAGGUCCCUAAGCGGCUGAAAUAAGAUGGCAGAAAAACCAGAAGAGGAGC